AUGGCCUUUAACGCGCCAUCAUCCACAUUGGAACGUUCUUCAACUCAUUAUAAGGACGGUACACAUUCUAUGAAGUGGACAUGGACUAGUGGCAAUGAAUUCACACAUACAAUUUCUGUAAGUCUAAUUAUAUAUGAAACACAUGCUAUCUGCCUUAGUGAAAUUGUAAAUAGGCAGUCAGUAGUAUAUGAUUGAAACUGGCCGGUAGAACAGACAUUCAACCUGUCCAAUCAAUCUAGCUCUAAUCAUACCGUAAAACUCCGAAAAUAAGCCCCGGGGCUUAUAUUUUUCAAAGGCCCUUUUUGAGGGGCUUAGUUUUGGAGUGGCUUAUGUCAGGAGGCGCUUACCUGCUGAGAGAAAUUUGCGUUUCAAAAUCGAUUGGGCUAGCCUUGUACUUGGAAGUAAGUUUACCGUUUUUGCUUUGUUUCACUUUGUAUUUGAGGGCAAUUUUCCAAGUACAAGCCCCCGGCGGGCUUAUAUUUGGAAGGGCGAUUUAACGGAGCGUUUUUUUGCGUUACCGGUUUGGGGGGCUUAUAUGUGGAGGGGCUUAUUCAUGGAGGGGCUUAUCUUCGGAAUUUUACGGUAUUUUUCUUUGUUUUCAAGUAUAGGAUAAAUUUUGCAGGAAACUGCAGUUCAUGCAGUAUUGUGUCCCAAAGAAAAGAACUCCAGUAUUUACGUUGUUACGUUGGUGACGUUUUUACUCUCGUAUAUCUCUUAUUUCAAAUCUGUUUGCUAUGCGGUUAAUGUUGUGGUGGAAAGUUAUCCUUGGUCUAAGUUUUUAUUUUCCUUGCAUCAAACUUUCAACAUACAAUACCAUACCCAAAAACAAAGAAAUCGAGUAAAAUUUGAACCCAGCACAGGUUGAACAAAACAAACAUACUGUAUAUGUUCGUGGAAAUAGCUUAAAGUUGAUAACCAAACACGCCCAACUCAGUAAAAUGUUUAAGUUUCUCGGCACUCUUAUUCUGGUAUAAAUGUUUUGUUACAUUCUGACAUGAUUUUCUUUUCUUUUGAACAGCCGCAGAUUAGUGGAUCCGAGCGUAGUAGAGGUGGAAUUAAAUUGUGGCUUUACAAUCCUUACAAACGCGCAGCAGGAGAGCAUCUGAAGGUCUCCUUUUCCAACUCAGCAAAAACCGUUUCACAAUUCAAUAUCACCCUAAACUUCAAGGUAUUUAUGAAUUCUUCCUUUCCGCAAUGACUGUGGCAAUUUGCUCCAAAUGAAAAUCAAUGAAAAGUAAGCGUUCUUUCAAAAGAAUAAUUUACUCUUUGUGUUUUUGUAAGUUGUGUCCCGUCCAAAAAUGUAAGUAUUCAUUUAACUAUUCAUUCAUUUACUUCUAAGAAUAUAACUAUUACUGAUCGGUGAAAAUUUAUUAUGGCGAUGACAAAGACAACUGUUUUGUAUUUAAAUGGUUCUAGGGCUGGCGUGCAGUGUGGGUUAGUUACGAUGAAGGUCUUUUGAAUGGUCGAGCUAACAUGAACUCCAUGAAGAUAACUGCUCCAACAACUUCAGAGACCACUCAUCCAUUGUACUUUGAUCUUAUUCGAUUGGUCGGAAACUUAGCCAGGCAGUCACGUGAUAAGGUUGUUCCAACACUCGACCCAGACCUGUACAGUCCAAAUAAUUUCUGGCAGCAAACGUACCGAUGGAGUCAGGUUAGUUUUGUUUAUUCAAUGCUUCUUUUAUUUAAGGUUUGUCAUUUUAUCAUUGUAUCUGUCUUUCAUGCAAGUAAAUUCUCUGCUCGGGAAAUAGAGAGAGAGCCGAGAUUAAGGGCGUUAGAGGUUAGCGCAAGGCGGUUAAGUAGUUAUAAACUACUUUUGCUUUUCAAAACUGUUUCUUUCCAUCUUAUGUGCUCUUGUAAUUCGAAUUUCGCGAGGGAACGAGAAUGAGAUAUCAUAAUGAACACAAAAAGACUACGUAAAAAGAAAGGCCGGUCGCUAAAGAGGAGCGGCCUGUGGGUUAGCCUGGUUGCCUGUGAAGGUUUAGCGAUAUCUUUAACACGAAACAUUUUGCAUCACAAGGCCACUCCAACAGCUAUAGACACUGGCACAACUCCCAGUAUGGAACAAAUAUCUAACCUGACCUUGAUCGAGAAGAGAUUGGACAACUGGUUCGUGAAGCAGUCACAGGCCUCAGUUAAUUUUACAGGAAACGUACAGAAACGAUGGAAUUCGCUUCAAGGCGACGUGAACGAUGCACUCACAAAGUUUGCUUCACUGAAUGUUGUCAACAAUACAGAUGGUAUUAUAACAGGUAAGAUCUAAAGUAUAGCUGCAAAAUAUGCCCGCCAGCGAACUUAUCGGAAGCAAAUCAUGAUCCAUCCAAAUAAGAAAAUUCCUACUAAUUGAAUACUUUACACUAACUAUAAGACUAUAACUGAUGAAGACUCUCGUAAUCCACCCUGUAGGCACCCCGCUCUAUUCUGACGAAUCGGAAUAUGACGACGAAAAAUUUGGUUAUGUCGUGGAGAAAGUUCUUCUUCCGCUGGCGCUGGAUUAUCACGUGAGAUCACGAACCAAUGACGUGGACGCUGUAGCCUCUGCAGAGGUGACUAACCUGAAUGGAGAUACCAGCGUUUUUAACGCAGCUGUUAAGGUAUGAAGAGUUCGGUGGAGGUACUUUUAACAGGUGACAUGAAAACAUGUCAACAUGACAUGGAGAUGCUUUUAAAAGUUUGAAAAACAAACAGAUAACAAAACGAAACAUCAAAAUGACAUCAUUCCGUGGGAAAUCCUCUCCAUUUGCGUCUUCACUUAUUUUUUAGCUCUUAUAUUAGUGAUUGUGACCCUUCAUUUUAACCUCAGUUCUUUCGAAAACAUUUUUUUUUGUAAUCUUGGUUCAUCAAAGAAUUGUCGGGUAAUACAGUCUAUAUUUGAAUCCUGACAACAUAUCAAGACAUAUUUAUACCCGUUUUAAAAGUAACUCUUAGAAUAGACCUAUUCGGCUAACUCAAUGUUGUACCCAAUUCAAACCCUUUGGGAAUAAAACGUUUUGUUUCAGGAGUUUCCAUAUCAUUUAAAUGUAAAUGCCACAUUAUAAUGCAAAUCAAUACACAAAGAAUCUUAAUCCCAGGAGAUUUGAAUUGGGUACAACAUUGAGUUAGCCGAAUAGGUCUAUGAAACACGAGCAAAUAUGUGGUCUAUAGUACUGAGACGAACAAUUAGGAUUGAAUGUUAUCAACUUAUUUCAGAGGAUAGCAGGUGGCAAUUCAGGUGAGCAACAGACCUUUACUAACGCUUUGGGCGCAACGACGCCAUAUUCUGCGAUGAAAGUCAAGGAAGCCAUCAGUACUCUUAACACUAAGCGGAAACAACGAUUGAUGCUUCUUCUUGAUUACAUUGAGGAUCAAGGUUGGUUGGUUUGAAAAUGCAAAAAUGUUUCUUUCAUUACAAAGUUAUUUUUUGAGUGAUUACUUAUGUUAUGCCACCAGCAAGAAGUUAUAAUUUAGCACCUGGUCAGAACUACAAGAUAUAUUGAGUUGAGUAAAAUCCUAUAAAAUUUAGAGUUUCGGGAUCUGUUAUCAACGAGUGAAUUUAAUAAAUGGUUCAAUUUUCAAGUGUUUGACACUUUAAAUAAGUAACAACAUUAACAUUGCAGGAUGACUACGGGAAAAAGACAGUCCUACAUAUCGCUUUAUAUAUUUUCUAAUAUACACGAAACGCACAAAAAAAGUCUCACUGGUAACCACUGCCUCUUCCAAGUGCAAGUUAAAGGCUAUACAACAUAAGAAAAUGGUCUUUUCUGGGAACAUGACAUAAUAUCUGAAUUAUCAUGCUUACUUCACACAUAUAUAGAACACAAGCACUACCAAAAAAGAACCACUAAAUUCAAAACAGUUACCUGCACGACCAAAGGGUUAUCUUAUCCGCACUUCACUACAUAAACGUAUACCCACACUUUUCCUCCUAUAAGGUGUUUCAUGUGUAAACAUUAUUUUUUUUUUACGAGUAAGGUUUUACUGAGGGCAGUGCAAUUGGAUCCUUGGACCACGAAAUGAACAAUGCAGGUGCGGGCUACAUGAAUUCAGUGUAUUUAUUGAAGGAAGUUCUACAAGAAGCAGGAAAAAAGGAGAAUUAUGUCGCGGCUAUGAAGUGGUACAAUGAGUUUGGAGAAGUAUAUCAAGAUCCAUUUGAGUACGCUGGAACAACUGCUGAUCGAAUGAGAACCAUUUCAUUUUGGCGGUAGGUUACGAGCUAGGUUUUGCCUUCCUCUCCUCUAACACAAAUCAGCCCGCCAAAGCUAGUAAGCUGUUUUUUAUUGACUGCCUUGAUGCCUUCGGCCGAUAUUUUUACAGGGUAUUCACAGUACAGUUUUUAUACUAAUGAACAAUCACUCACAUCUUUCUGAUCCAAGUACAGUAAAAGCCAGUAACUGCCCCACCCAAGGUCCAUGAACUGGUGACGUAUUGUCUCAGUAGAGAUUCCACGUUUACUUUCUAUCCACACCAGCAUCCCUAAUUUUUCACCAAGAAAUUGAAACCUGCUUUACUUCCUGAGAUGGAACAAACAUGGAAAUUUUUUGGCCAUGUUUUGUUCUACUGACCACAUGCCGAAUUGUGUGUAGCCUCGUCCGAGGCUAAUGUGCAAAAUAUCUUAUUCUUAGCCUCAACUCCUUCGUCUUGUGUAGAUGUUAAAUUACACGCAGCUAAUUUUUGUUCUUUUUAUUCACAGUUUGUUUGCUGUUCUUAUGAUGCCUUCCUCUACAACAGCAGAACAACAAGCAAAAAUCCGCGACAUGGAAGCGCUUCUUCGUUGGUACGCUAACGCUCUGUCACCUAAUGAAGGAUUUGCAGGUGUCCUAAAGCCUGAUUUCCUUGGAUUUCAUCAUAAUAGCUACUACGCCUCUGCCUAUACACCACACGCCGUGCACAAGGGAGCACUCAUCCAAUAUCUACUCAGCGGGACGACAUUUGCUUUGGGUGAGAAAAAAAUAUCACAAGUAGCAAUAUUGAGUAGCAAAUGUUCAAAGCUACUGGUCUACAAGGAUAUUAAAACUGAAUGUCAACUUUGCCAGAGGCGGAGUUAGUAGUAUAGGGCGGACCGGUUACAUCGCUUUUUAUUGCGGGAAUCUCAUUAACGUGAAAUCUUAACGUGAAUCUCAUUAACGUCAAAUGACGUAAUAGACCAAGAAAAACCUCUAGACGGUCAUCGACUUGAAAACGACGAGGAAACCUGUCAAACCCGUUAAACCACCUUAAAAUAACACUUGGUCUUCUCUUAAUGAGAUUGUCUUGAAUUUUAUUCACGAGAUUAGACAAAAGGCUAUGACGUUAUCAGCGUUAAUGUAUUUACGCGAACAGCGUAACUGGUAUUUCCUAUAAGACUGGCACGGUUUGGAAUGUUAUGAUUAAUAAACAAGCGAGUUCUAACGAUACCAUAUAAUUUCUUUUAUCCAAAGUUAUCUCAGAAUUAAAGGUGUACUAUGUUUUAUUUAAAGGUGCCGAGACAAUGGAAAACAUAAAGAAAGGACUGGAGAUCAUGAGGGUCGUUUCAGUCAAGUAUUCCUCACCGAACAGUGUUGGAGGCCGAUUUCCAGGAUUUACUCGUGCAAUUCUGGCCAAAAAUUUCCCUGGUUUUGCCUAUUACGCUGCGACUGCUCCAAAUUUCAACAGUGAUGGAUCCCUAGGAGAAAUUGUCGCCAUUGACAGUGAAAACGUCAAGCCUUUCUUGCGGCUAUUUGAUACAAGUACUAGUGCCUUUUAAAUUGUUUAAUAUACUAUGAUUUGAAAUGAAUGGAAUAUUUCUUUAUUGUGGAGAAGGUAACAGAUUCUCUCUUAACGUUUCUACACGUUUCCACAUAAUUUUCAACAAUUUUGGAUAAGCAGAGACGGUAUCAUUCCUUAGGUCAGAAAAUCAACAUUCACAAAGGUGUGUUGCCACAUUAAUCAAGUAAAAACAUUUCAAUACAGCAGUUGGUCCUAAUUUUGCCUAAUAUAUCAUUGCCAAAACUAGCUUUAAGGCUGACUCUAUUAAAGAGGUGAGUGAAACAAUACCAGUUGUAUCUUUCCUCUGCAGGAGAAGGUAGUGUCAAUGACUACUUGGCUGACGGAACAAUUUUCACUUCAAUUUAUUACUUGAAUUCACUUGGCUCAAUAAAUAUCAUGGAAGAAAUUAAAAGCAAGGCAGUGACCAUGAGUAUCGAAGCAGAAGCCUCCCCUAAGGGAUUAUGGGCACUUAAUUACGGGGCCUUUGUCGUCCACCGACGAUUUGAUUGGGCAGUCUCUGUUAAAGGAUUUAACAGCUUUGUUUGGGAUUUUGAGUCAUCGGGCAACCAAAACGUGUAUGGAAUAUACCAGAGUCACGGAGCGCUUCUAGUUGCGAACAGCGAGGCGUCUCUUAAAACUCUCGACAUCGACAACGGCUGGGACUGGACACGACAUCCGGGUACAACCACUAUCAAAUUGCCGCUUGCAGACUUGGUCAGCGGAAACCGCAGGUUUUGAUUUUGUUUAGUUUUAACCACCUAUAAUCGGGUAGUUGACAGGUCAAUCACAGUUUAGAUCUGAUCACAUGGCAACUAAAAGAGUCAAAGAGCAUUUACUAAAAUCAGAUCUCAGAAAACUCGCAAGGAAACACUCCAGCCUUUCUUAGUCUGUGUACCACGUGACUGGCUUUACGCGUAAAACGAGUUACACACAUGACCAGGCCUUUACUACACUGUAAUAGCUUAUCGUCGUAAAAUUCUCAAAAACUGCUUACUGAAAAAUACGAUAAAUGAAACAUGUUUUAGCCUUCCAAAAGAGUUCCUUUGACAAGUAGGAUAAUUUAAAAGAAUUUGAGGUUAAUUUGAAGACAUCGAUUAUUUUCUGAAAUCACAUGAAAACCAGAAAAGGAGGGCGUUAGGCUAGCAAAUAAAGGCACAUGUUGCAUUAUGGGCCUAAAGACAUCUUUUGGGUGUAAAAUACAGUUAACCCCCUCUCUAGGACGGACACCUUUGAUGUAUGCGCAAAGUGCACGUUUAAGAGUGAUGUUCGUCUUAAAGAGAGACGAAUGAAGGGAGUAAAGAAAGGCAGGUGUUCGUUUUACCAAGUCUUGUAGACGUGUCCGUCAUACGGUCAGCGACUAACGAAUGCCUUCACUUGUCGUCACCUAUAGAUAUUAUCAAUCUGAGAAACUUGCUGGCGGAGUUAGAUUGGUAGGUAGUGGAGACUACUCUACAGGAAUGUUUUCAAUGGAGUUUUCUCAACCUGACUACGACUGGGAUGAUGGUGCCUAUCAAAACAACAUCGAGUUCACAUUUAAGAAGAGCGUCUUCUUUGCUGAUAAUCUUACGAUCUGUCUUGGCUCUGGUAUUUCCUCUUCGGGCAGCAACUCGCACAUCACUCAGGUAUCAUGUUUAUUACAAAAAAAAGGCAUUUCCUUUAUUUCUGUACUGAUUAAUUAAUUUAUUUUCAAAGUUUCCAAUACACAAAACGGGAGCGGUCAAACAAAAGUGUCGCCUGUAAGAUGGGGACAUCGUUUAUCCUUCCUUGAUCCUAAAGGCGACGUAGCUUAAGGGUUCUCCGUUUUCAUGAGAACCAGAAUUCUUACUUCUUCAAGAAUAAUUUAAUUUAAGGCUACCGAAUACCUUCAGAUCGGAGUAUGACUUUAAUACGUUCAAAGAAAAAAAAUAAGGAAAAAGUAGGUAUUUGCGAAGCGUUUAAAACCUUUUCAUGAGCCAAACCUAACUCGAAUUAAGGCCAAGCCAAAUGAUUUAGAUCGGCUGACGGCUGAAUUGAUUCAGACCCCCCUAAUAUCAGGGUCUGGAUGACCGCCCCUACCCCCCCUUAAUAGGCCAUUUUAUAGUGAUAGAUGGAAGAUAGGCUGACGUUGACCUUGUUUUGAUACAGGCCCUCCUGCUUUAUUAUGUAAAUCAAGUUAUUCUUAUUCUUACUAGUAUUUUCAAGGACAAUAGGCCCUUUGCAGCCAGCCAAUCACAUGGUACAAAACCUCCGUGCUGGAGAGCAAAAGUCGCAUAGGGACGAGACAAACAAAGAAAAUUACCAUUUAAAAUUAUGUAUCUUUUGUUUCAAAGGAGGUUUGAAUCAAAACAAGGUCACCGUCAGCCUCACAUUCACCCGAAGGCUAGGGUACUAAGUCCACAACUGUAAAAUCGUCUGUUGAAGGUCUAGAUCCGCCACUGUGAGCUGGACUUUACAUUUGAAUGGAAAACAUGCAAUUUAAAAAUAUCGGGGAUUUUUUUAUUCCCAAAACGUUAAUUUUAUUGAGAAGCAAAAUAAAUGUUUUUCGGCAACUUGACGCCAUAAUGACAUUUCGAGGCAUACAAAUUUCUCCUUACAGACAUGUAAAGAGAUUGUACAAACAGUUUUGUUUUUGUUUUUUCUUUGCUGGACAGACUUCUUUGUUUCAAGUCAAGUUGCUGGACUCUGAUAAUCCAUCAUCGAUCCGCAUAAAUGAUUCAUCGCACUCUCUUAAUACAGACGUAACUAGAGAACCUUCAUUCUUUGACGGAACACUGCCAGCCUCUCUGUAUGAUGUAAAUGGUAACUGUCGUGUUCAUACAUAUUUCGUCCUGUUUAGUGCGAAUAAUUUGUAACGAUGAUGAGGGGCUGAGGAAUAACGAGGAAUUUGUCGUUCACAGCAAACGGAUCUGAUGACCACGAGACCACAUGACCAUUUUCUUGGCCGUUUAUUGGCUUGAUGUUUGUCAUUACCCGUCCACGUUUAAAGUAACGUGAAGAGUAUUGUUUUCACGUUCAUAAAAAACGCGAGUGAGAAAUUCACUGAUCUAUCGUUCUCAUCAGUAUACAGCGAACGAAGUUUCCUGUUUGCCCUAAAGCGUGCGCUGUUGGAGAUAACAUGACAACUUUAAAUAUUUUUUCUGUUUUAAUCAUCUUAUCUCUUUCAACAGUGCAGUGCAGUAGACGUAAAAGUCAAAUCACAUAUCAUCAAAUUCAAAUUUUCAUAGCGCUGCUAACCUAUCUUACAAAAACACUACGCAGAUUAAGAGUGCAGUGUAUGAUUUUGUUGUCCGACUAUUGACAAUCACUACUGGAUGUUUCAGUUAACAUAAUGUCCUUUUCGUAAAGUAUUAGUCUAUUGUGUAUUUAUUUAGUCUUUUUAAUCUAUUUCAUUACUAUUUUAGUUUAGUUAAGGGCACUGUCAUCACACUGAUAUAUCAUUCACUUAUAACGACGAUAAUUUCAUUGCUGUUUGUUACGUUUGUAUCAGGAAAUGGUUAUUACAUUCCUAACGCGAAUGAACAAGGACUAAAUGUUAAAAUCAGUCUCCAAACGUCCAGGGACAAUAGGGGAAGAAAGGACACUUCAGCAAGAUAUGCAACAGCAUGGCUUGACCAUGGAGUAAAUCCAACUAACAAAGGCUAUGAAUACGCAAUUAUCGUGGGUACGAAACCAAGCACUAUUCGGGUAAAUAUGUAGACAUUCACUGCAAAUUUGACCGCUGAGUGUUAUUAUUACGCUGGCAUGUUUUUGGUGGAAAGGGCCCUUGACAUGUGUUGUUAGCUACAAUGCAACUGCAUGGCUGAUAAUUUUUUCUUCACAGAUGCGAAUUUAAUUCGUACAAAUAUUUCUUUCCAACAAGGCUACCUGACGGUAAACUUUUUUAUCCUAUUGCUAUAACUUUGUAAAUCAAAAACGCAAAAUAGGAAUUUUUCAAAGAAAAACUUGUCAAGGGACCAAUCGCAGAUCUGAAGUGAAUGAAGGUUGGUGGCAUUUGUGCUCAAAAGAUGGGUUGGCUUGCUUUUCUCUUUUAUAGUUGUUUCCUGGACAACAAGCGGGGCAAUUUAUAGCAAGUGGCUUUCCCCCGGCAUACGAAGUAAUUCACAAGGACAAUAAAGCUCACGCAGUAAAGAUCAAUGACUGCCCAAGAAAAAACGACACUCAGUGGGGAUAUGCAUUCUUUGACAAAUCUGUUCGCACUCCUGGUCCUGUAAGGCGGGUUACUAAGGUAAAUUUACAAACAUUUUUUUUCGACAUGGUUUAUUCCGGGAUGUUUGUGGUGAAUACUUUAACUCUCUGAAAGGAAGGAGUGGUAAAGAACAGGGCUGACAUGGGACCAUAACAGUAACAUUAUAGUGAUAUUCGCCAUAUAGCACCUCCACAAACAAACUACACUUGCAAUUCAAAAGCAUUUCAAGUAUCUUAACUAUCUAAACUACACCGUUAUUGAGAAUGAUGAUUCUUUCAGAGAGCGACACAGGUGGCUCAGAAGAAAAGCUGAGUAUUCUCAACAGGAGAAUAACCUAUGACUGUCUGAUGACUAGUCCAGAUGCUCUACCACGGAGCUACAGGAGACUUAUGGGAGCUGAGGCCGAUAAACUAGGCUCAUGUGACAAACAUCCUGCAUAUUGCGAGGACUGCAAUGCCGAUUAUACAGGCGUUAUUACAAAAAAAAUCGCAUUGAAAGUUGUGCGUCAAUAAUGGAUUUUCGCAUUGAUUUCUAUUACCUACACCAAGACUUUGACGACACCCAACGAUACAUUUCUGCUUUCCAAACGUCUCCACUUUUAAGAAGGUUUCCGAAAACCCAAAUGUUUCGGUGUAGACGAAAGACCAAACGAAUAAAAAUGUGAGCGAGUUGCUGAGGUGUAUUUUUUUCCCACAGCACCCUUGUCUUGUGAUGUUUGAAGAAGACGACGAAGACAACGUGUACGUUUCUGUGUCGUAUCCAAAUCUAAAUUUCAACAUCAGUGAACCUUUGACGAUUGGAAGCCGUGUCAAUGCUCAACAACGGUUUUACUCUGUCAGCAUGUCAGAGGAUAUUGAGGUAGGCAUAUGAAAAUGAAAACCAUUGUAGCAGUUUGACCCGGACUAGCCUGCAGUGCUGAUACACUACUCUUCCAGCAGUGGCAGAUCCAGACCUUCAGAUAAGGGGAGAAGGGGGGGGGGGGUCAUCCAGACCCUGAGGUAAGAUAGGACUAGCCCACAGUGCUGACAUUAACUUCAGCAGUGUGUUCAGGAAUUACCUGCAGCGCUGACAUCAACUCUGCCAGUGUGUUUAGGAAUUGCCUUUAGCGCGCUGACAUCAACUCUACCAGUGUGUUCAGGAAUUGCCUGCAGUGCUAACAUGAACUCCAACAGGGUUUUUAGGUCUAGCCUUUAGUGCAGGAGUAAUGAUUGUUUAGGCAUCAGGGCAGUCAGUAUUUCAUUCCUGCAAGGAGCAUUUGUGAUUUUGACACGCAGGGGAAGAUUGGGUAAAGCAACAUUAAAACAGUACAGUGAGUAAAAAGUGUUGGAUGGAAGAUAAAAUCUUAAACAAAAUUUCUUGGUGAUUAUUUACCUAGGUUUUCAGUUCAUCGUCUCCAAGUCUGGCAUGAAUAUCCAGGUUUUAAAUGGGAGGAUUCUAGGCACUGUCAAUGUUUGUAUUAUUACAAUUUUAAUUGCAUGUUGCUAGAGUGGGCUUUUUCUUUUUUUGAGCAUCAGAAAAGCCACAUAACAUUUUUUAAAGCCAAAAGCCACAAAUGAAUAAAACGUUUUGUCAAAAACCUUCUUUUUGAGAAUCUCAAUCACUUACUGGACUGGACCACGUGACUUACCGAGUGCCAUCUUCUUUGAGUUCUUGCUUAGAGUUAAUUCUUUUUUUUUCUAUUUUACUAAAAGAUACACAACAUUUCUUAAACCACAUUAUCUUUUCUUUGGUUAUUCUGUAUCAGGUGUUUUUCCCAAAAGACGUCGAGGUCAGUAUCGGUGAUGUCAGGGUGAACGGUAAAAUGGUAGCACAAAGUGAAAGAGGUGAUCAUGUAGAGGCCAUUCCCAGAGGAAUGGAUCCUGCCAGGACAACAUCACGUCGAAUCAAAUUCAAAGGUCUGUCGAAAGGAUUCAGUAAAGAAGUGAAACUCAGGAGACCUUCUGCCCAAGCCAAAAAAUGA